AUGGGCAUUAAAGGAUUAUCUCAAUUAUUAAUAGAUUAUGCGCCCAAUUCAGUUAUAGAGAAGGAAAUUAAAAACUAUUUUGGUCGCAAGAUUGCCAUUGAUGCUUCUACGAGUAUUUAUCAAUUUCUUGUUGCUGUUAGAUCUGAAGGUAAUAACCUACAAAACGAAGAAGGCGAAACAACUAGUCAUUUAAUGGGCAUGUUCUAUAGAACCGUUAGAAUGUGUGAGAAUGGAAUCAAACCAUGUUAUGUUUUCGAUGGAAAACCUCCAGAACUUAAAAGCUGCGAACUCGAGAGAAGAACAGAAAGGAGAGUGGAAACACAGAAAAGUUUGCUUGAAGCUUACGAGUCUGGCACACCACAGGAUGUCGCCAAAUUUACGCGAAGAAUGGUGAAAGCUACUAAAAAACAUAAUGAGGACUGCAAGAAACUUUUGAUGUUAAUGGGAAUACCUUACAUCGAGGCGCCGUGCGAAGCGGAAGCGCAGUGCGCUGAGCUGGUCAAACUAGGAAAAGUAUUUGCUACUGGAACUGAAGAUCUGGAUGCGCUUACUUUUGGAACUCCCAUCUUGUUAAGGCGUAUAACUUUUUCGGAUGCUCGGAAGUUACCGAUCCAAGAAAUUAACUUGAAUGUUGCAUUGGAGGAACUUAAUAUUUCUAUGGAUCAAUUUAUAGAUCUUUGCAUUCUUCUUGGUUGUGACUACUGCGAGACGAUUGGCAAAGUCGGCCCUCAACGUGCCUUGUCGCUAAUAAGAGAACACAAAGACAUUGAAACUAUUCUUAAGCAUUUGGACCUCAAAAAGCAUCCCGUUGUUGAGAAUUGGAAGUAUAAAGAGGCACGUGAUUUUUUUAAAAAUCCCGAAGUACGAAGUUGUGAUGAUGUGAAGCUUGUUUGGCAGUUGCCGGAUAUUGAAGGUUUAGUUCAGUUUAUGUGUGAAGAAAAUGGAUUUAGUCAUGAACGAAUUCGCAACGGCGCAGCUAAACUUGUAAAAUCUGCAACGGCGGCGGUUCAAGGACGAAUUGAUUCCUUUUUUUCGGUGACGGCAUCGAAGCGGCCCGCCGCCGUUGUCAAGAAGAGUAAAAACAAAAAUAAAAAAGUAAAUAUUGCGGGAAGAGGAAGGAAAAAGAGUUAACGUACAGCAAAUUAUAGAACGUUAGCUAUAGUUUGCAUCCUCGUGU